GUUUCCGAUUUGGAAUUACGAGUUGGAUGACCGUUCAAAUCAAUAUUUUUCCAGUCGGAGCUCGUUUUUUCAGAGUUCCCAGUUGUAUUGAACGCAAUGAAGUCGUAGAUUUCUGAGUUCCGAGUUGUUUUGAACGUGGCAAAAGAUGAGUCCUCUGUCUACCUCUAUGAGAACUGCGUCGCUCCCCAAGCAGGAAGUGGGAUAUUGGAAGAGCAGGCCUAAAAGGAAUCUUCCAUCACACCCCGAGGACUGUCAAGAGAUGUGGAAGGCAGCAGCAGGUCAGUCCGUCACCGUGGCGGUGGAUGAUGGAGGUGAUGACUGGGAGACAGAUCCAGACUUUGAGAAUGACGUUUCAGAGAAGGAACAGCGAUGGGGGGCCAAGACGGUGGAAGGCUCCGGUCACCAGGAGCACAUUAAUAUCCACAAGCUGCGUGAGAACGUGUCAUCGGAGCACAGUGACCUGAGGCAGAAGGAGCAGGCGACCAUGCCCAAGGCCUCGGAUGGCUAUGGGGGCAAGUUUGGGGUGCAGCAGGACCGCAUGGACAAAUCUGCGGUGGGCCAUGAGUACCAGAGUAAGCUGUCCAAGCACUGCUCUCAGACAGACACAUCCAAAGGCUUCGGGGGGAAGUUUGGAGUGCAGGGUGACCGUGUCGACAAGUCCGCUGUUGGGUUUGACUAUGCCGGGAAGACUGAGAAACACGCAUCACAGAAAGACUACUCCACAGGGUUUGGGGGGAAAUACGGGGUGCAGGCAGACCGCGUGGACAAGACUGCAAUGGGCUUUGAAUACCAGGGCAAAACGGAGAAACACGACUCACAGAAAGAUUACACCAAAGGUUUUGGUGGGAAGUUCGGAGUGGAGACGGACAAGGUGGACAAGAGCGCCUUGGGCUUUGAGUACCAGGGAAAAACCGAGAAGCACGAGUCUCAGAAAGAUUACGUGAAGGGCUUUGGUGGCAAGUUUGGUGUGCAGACGGACAGACAGGACAAGUCGGCCCUGGGAUGGGACCACCAGGAGAAACUGCAGCUCCACGAGUCGCAGAAAGACUACUCCCAUGGGUUCGGAGGGAAGUUUGGUAUCCAGAAGGACAGAAUGGAUAAGAGUGCAGGUAACUUUGAGGAUGUGGAGAAACCAAGCCCUGCCUACCAGAGGACCAAGCCUGUGGAAACUGCUGGCAGCAGCACGGGCAGCAUCAAGGCCCGCUUCGAGAACAUUGCCAAGCAGAAGGAGGAUGAGGACAAGAAGCGGGCGGAGGAGGAGAGAGCUCGCCGCCAGGCCAAGGAGAAGCAGGAGCAAGAGGAGGCGUGGCGCAAGAUAGAGGAGACGGCCAAGCCUGCCUCCCCGUCUCCCGAGCCCAGCCUUACCAUUAGCCCCACCCCUCCUGUCCAGAAAGCCGCACCUUUGCCUGUCCCUGCACCUGCAGCCGCCGACCCAGUUUACCAGGACUCUGGUGUGUACGAGGAUCCUGCAGCAGAAGAGAAUGGGGAGGAGCUGUACGAGGCGGAGCCCACCUCCCGUCCCUCUGCCGAGCAGACGUAUGAGGAGCCUCCCGUCCAGGAGGCGGCGCUCUACCAGAGUCCUGACGAGACAGGAGACGCCCAGACAUAUGAGUACGGUGAGGACUUGGGGGUAACGGCAGUAGCCCUGUAUGACUACCAAGCAGCUGGUGAUGACGAGAUCUCCUUCGACCCUGAUGACAUCAUCACUAACAUUGAGACUAUUGACGAGGGCUGGUGGAGGGGUGUGUGCCGGGGUGCCUACGGCCUCUUCCCAGCCAAUUACGUUGAGCUUCGGCAAUGAGCCCGCCCACUACACCAAACAGUCUCUCUCCCCAUCCCUCCAUCUCUUCUAAAUCCACUCUUGCGCUCUGUCAUUUUGUUGAUCACGGUGCUUCUUUCAAGUGUGCUCGACAUUCUCAGGUCUUUCAGCUGUCCCAGUCUUUCUUCCUUUCUCUCGCUCCUCUCCUUGGGAAGAGGCUUCAGCCUGAUAAAGGACUCGGAAUAAAAGAAGAAUCAUGGACAACACUCACCAUGGCUCGGCUACGCAGUAGAGAGAGAUCAAGCGAGUAAGCGGGCGAGCCCUACUAUGACAGAAUGGCCUUUUUAUUGUAAAGCAAGUCAUCAGAAAAACACUCCUCCCAUUAUAAUAUCUAGUUAUAUUCUUGGUUCUGUAACAUGCCAGGGGCUCUUGCUGCUUUGCCCCACUGGCACCUUUUAGUUAAUUUACUUUCAAUUGAAAUGUUCCCUCUUUUGACAUGUAUUCAAACUUCCAAGGUAUCGAUUGAGAACUGGCGGCUACAUUAUCACUCGCAGUAUAGGUAUUACGAUCACCAAAGAUUGAGAUCACAGAGGUGACGUAGAAAUGAACCCUAGGCUUUAUGUGCAUAUAGUGAUGUUGGGGUCCUCUUUUUAUGCCGAUUAUGAAGUAGCUUUUAGAACAUGUUUGGAACUAGUAUGAUGUCAAACACAACUGGACAUUUUUCUUAUGUUUUGAUUUAAAUAAUGCCACUUCCAGAAGUUGUUUGAGUUGAUUGGGGAACUAGCACUAUGGAUCAGUUUGGUAAUAGUACAGACCAGUGGUGAAUUGAUUGGUGUGUUUAGCUGAAUUGGUGUAGCUGGUUCGGAGAGAGGUCUGACAGUGCAUUGUCUGAGCGGCGACGAUUUCUUUCUCUUUGGAACACUAUUGUUAGCUUUAGUUAGCGGAGAUCAGAUAACUCUAAGAAACCGAAAUAGGGAUGUGUUAUUGAAAACAGUAUGUUUGCUUGGGGUUACCCACAUUUUUGGUAUAAGGCCUGCAUUUGCUUAAUCAUGGGGCCAAUACGAUUGCCAUAGAUGGUGUGAAUCUCUGUUGCUUCUUCGUCUCCUCCUUUUCUCAUUGUCAUGAAAGACACCAGAAAGCAUUAGAAGAAAAUAAAAUAUGUAAUUGUCUUGCUUAGAUCAUGUCAGAUAGGAUGCUGAAAGUAAAUGAUGUACAGAAAGAUGUUUUUAUGAUGCUCUGAGAAAUAUAUUGAGUAGAGAAAGUACCAGAUUUUCGAAUUCCUCUUGUCGCUGCGUGUUCGACGUCUGUCUACAUCGGAGUAGACCGGAGUCUGUUCUGUGUCAUGUCUGUUGCGUAUUCAUGUACUGUAUGCGGGACUUGGUAUAUUAUUAUGUCUGGGGCCACAUUGACAUCCUUAUCAUGACCAAGAUGUGUACUGUUGACUGAGUGACUGAAGAGUGAUAUUUAUUUAUAGGGGGCUAUAAGUACUAAAAUAAUGCUCUGAAACAAUGUUGGGUUAUAAGGGGAUUUUGACUGUGGUUGUUUCUAAAACGCAGAGUGAUUAUUUUAACCGAUGACAAUCUGACCCCAAUGUCACGGCGAUCUAAUGCAGUAGUAACUUCAGUAGGUGUGUGGGGAUGUGAUCUCAUCAAAUCAAUUAUUUGAGGUUUUAUAAUAAAAAGUGACCUUUUUUAUAUUUGUUUAUUUUUAUCUGUACUUCUACUUGCUCAAGUCACCACAUUAUCUGCUUGUUCUUUUUUUGUAAGUCAAUUGUUUAAAUAAACAAUGUAUGGAUAGUA